GAACGAAACUGCCGCUCGUGUUAGUCGCGCUCGAUCGGUGGAACGGAAUUUCGUACGACGACGACGACGACGACGACGACACCGGUGACGAAUCGUUGCGUAUACCUGCGAUCGAUCGACAUUCGUGUAUGACCGUCGACGGGGGUUGAGAGCCCCGAUUUUCCAAUCCGAUUUUCGACACGCACAUGGAGCACGUGUUCGGUAGAACCGGCAGGGUGCCGGACGUGGACCGCGCCGGUCGAAGCUUCAUAAAAUGGACGCUCGUACUGUGCCUGUUAUCGAUGGUUUCGGCUCAAUUGGACUUGCCACCGUACAGAAACGACAUUCCCGACGGUCCGGCGCGGCAGUUUCCCUCCAAUGAAUUGGAUUACCGUAAUAUCCUAGCCAGAUUGGACUUUCUCGGUGCGGAAAGAUGCAGCGCUAACGUUUUGGCACAAUGGACAUACGAAACCGACGUUAACGAAUACACGCAGCUACAAGCGCUGGAGGCCCAACGGCUGUACGCGGACUUUCAGAACCAAGCGUGGCACUUGAUCUCAAGAAUCGACCGGAACGCAGUCCGGGAUCCCACGAUCAGACGACGUCUCAGGUACCUGUCCGUCGUGGGGCCCUCGGCGUUGCCUCCCGAUCAGUUGGACAGGUACAAUCGGCUGAUCAACGACAUGCUUGCGGUCUACAACGGGGCGACCAUAUGCGCCUACAACGAUCCUUUCCGAUGCGGACUACGCUUAUAUCCAGACAUAUCACAAAUCAUGGCGAAAAGUCGAGACUGGGACGAGUUGCAGUACGUUUGGACCGAGUGGAGAAGACGAAGCGGUGCACCGAUUAGGGAUCUCUAUCAGCAACUCGUUACGCUGAACAAUGAAGCGGCGAGAUUGAACAACUUCACCGACGCCGCCGAGUACUGGAUGUUCCCGUAUGAGUCUCCUGAUUUCCAACAGGACGUUGACGAGGUUUGGGAAAUGAUUCGUCCGCUCUACGAAGAACUGCACGCUUAUGUCCGCAGGAGAUUGCGAGAUCUAUACGGCCCGGAAAAGAUAAGCGGACACGCGCCUCUUCCGUCUCACAUUCUCGGCAACGUGUGGGGACAAUCUUGGAGCAAUCUUUUGGACGUCACCUUGCCGUAUCCUGGAAAAACGUAUCUCGACGUCACUCAGGAGAUGCAAGCUCAAGGCUACACGCCAAUCGACAUGUUUCGAGUAGCCCAGGAUUUCUAUCUGUCCAUGAACUUGAGCGCCAUGCCGCCGGAGUUUUGGGCCGGAAGUAUACUCGUCGAUCCUGGCAAUCGUCCGUUAAUCUGCCAAGCAUCCGCGUGGGACUUUUGCAACCGCUUGGAUUAUAGGAUUAAAAUGUGCACGAAAGUGACGAUGAAGGAUCUGAUAACUAUACACCACGAGAUGGCACAUAUCCAAUACUUCUUGCGAUACAGCGGUCUACCUCGCGAAUUUCGUGACGGCGCGAAUCCAGGGUUCCACGAGGCUGUCGGCGAGGCUGUCGCUUUGAGCGUCGCGACGCCGCGUCACCUGCAGACCCUGGACCUGGCGAACAAAUACAUCGAUGAGCGCGCGGCCGACAUCAAUUACCUCUUCUCCUUGGCGAUGGAGAAGCUCGUGCUGCUGCCCUUCAGCAUCGCGAUGGACAGGUGGCGGUGGGACGUUUUUCGCGGUUACGUCAACAGGGAGGAGUACAAUUGCCACUGGCACAGGCUGAUGGAGCAGUACACGGGCACGAAACCGCCGGUGCUGAGGUCCGAGGACGACUUUGAUCCAGGCGCUAAGUAUCAUAUCCCGGCCAAUAUUCCGUACAUACGGAAUUUUGUGGCCGGCGUCCUUCAAUUCCAGCUUUAUCGCGCGCUGUGCCAAGCGGCGGGGCAGCGAUUCGUCGACGACCCCAGGAGGCCGCUGCACAAGUGUGACUUCUACAAGAACCCGGAAGCCGGCAGAAUCCUGGGGACACUCAUGGAGAGAGGCUCGUCCAUCCCGUGGCAGGAGACGCUCCGAGAGGUCACCAACGAGUUCAGGCUGGACGGAUCCGCUCUUAGGGAGUACUUCCGGCCGUUGGAGGAUUGGCUGAGGACGGAGAAUUUGCGGACGGGCGAAGUCGUCGGCUGGUCUUACGAUGGAGAUUACUGCAAGAGGAGCAUAGAGACCGCGGGCUUGCAGGUUUACGGGAGCGGCUUCUACAACGGCGCGACCUCGAUCUGCGCGUCCUGGGUCGCGACUAGUAUCCUCGCGAUGACCCUUUGGAUCGUGUCGCUGUUCCAUCGGGCGCAAUGACUCGAGACGAGACGAGAAGCAAAGUAAUCGGUACUUGGUUCGGGAAUAACAUCGCGUAAGAUAGAGCGCUUCAUCGUGAGACGCGCGGAAAGGUCCAUCCCGCUUGUCCCGCGGAGCGCUCGGGGAGAAGCUCGUUAACGUUAAUCUGCCAGAAUAUACCAAAUCAUAAUCGUAUUCCUACGAGACGUUUCGCGAUGUUGCCGAGCGAAAAAUAGUCAGAUCAUCCGUUCAAGUAGACACAGUCACACGACGGUCGGCAGCGAAAUGACGAUCGUUACGACGCCGCGACGAGAGUACGCUGAAGUGCACCCUUGCGUAGCGUAAGUUGCACAUUGCGCGCCAUGUAAAGGUGUAUCGCGUGUAUCGCUUUGACUAUAUACACUAUUAAUUUAAUUACUUUUUAUGAAAUACAUAUAACGCAUAGGGACGAUUCACGCGGAGCUACGAUACGAAGAGCAUGGGCUACUCGCAAAAAGAGAUGUCACGCACAGAGAGAACGAUUUAGUUGAAUCUAACAAAUGCUUAUUUGGAAUAGCCGAAAUAAAUUUUUCGAUUGAUCGAACAAAACUUUGUUUGACGUGACAAGAACAUUUCGUUGGAACCAAGCUGCGACAAAAUACUUUCGUUGCGUCAAACAAAACUUCGUUCGAUCAAUCAAAACAUUUAUUUGGACUAUUCCAAAUAAGCAUUUGUUAAAUUCAACUAAAUCGUUCUCUCUGUGUGCGUGUCGCGUGAAUGUGUAAGCGCGUUGGUACAGGUAGUGCUCGUAUUUAGCGCAUAGUUCUACAAUAAUUAGCUGUUCACCGUAGGUAUACGAAAUAAUAAACUGAAUUCCUUCGUUGUAAA